GCAUGGCUACGUGUCCGGGGGAGUCGCCAGACAGCUCGAUAUUACGAGCUUUCCGAUAUUUGGAGGCGUGUGUCAUAUCUGUUGUGCAGCAAUGCCCCCGAUCCGUGGCUUGGCCUACACCUAGCCGAUAUGUCGUGGGACCCCUCGCGUCUGCAGGAAGUCAUCUGAAGGAUAUAUAUACUCAUUGAUCUCCUCGAGAUCGUAGCAGAGCCUAUCGCCUCUCCCUACCAUGGAUCACCUCGUCACAGUACUCGCCUUCGCGCUGCUAUGUCUCCUGUACGCGGCCUUGAGGGCGCGGAACAGGGCUGUCUUGGCUGAUCUACCUGGGCCACGACCAGAGUCGUUCUUAAUGGGAAACCUCGCCGAGCUGCACAAAGAAGAGGCGGGCAAGGCAGACUUCAGGUAUCAAGCUGAAUUCGGAGGUGUUGCGAGGAUCAAAGCACCUUUUGGAGUUGACAUGCUAUGGAUCUGCGACCCCAAAGCUCUGCAGUAUAUCUACCAAACUUCCGGUUAUAAUUUCCCCAAGCAGCCCGAACGUCGAGUCCUGUCAGGACUGAUGGGCGAUCAUGGACUAACAUGGGCAGAGGGUGAAACGCAUAAACGGCAGCGGAAAGUAAUGCUACCUGCGUUCGGCUCUCCUGAAGCCAAGGCUUUGUUGCCUGUCUUCGACCACUAUGCUGAACAGGUGACGCUGAAGUGGCGAGAAAUCAUCGAGGGUUCUCCGGAUCAGACAGCAGUGUUGAAUGUCAUCAAGCUGAUUGCCCCCGCCACACUCGACGCGAUUGGCGAAGCUGCUUUUGACUACAAACUCGGGUGCAUGGAAAACUCCGAGAACGAGCUCGCGCAGGCUUACAGCAGUCUCGUAGCAGGCAUUUUCUCGAGCCCGUCAAAGUCAAAGUUGUUCUGGAUUAGCGUCGCCCACUACAUCCCCAUGCGCGUUGCUGAAUGGCUAUACGCCAACUUGCCGGGGAAGGGCCUUGACAAGGCUCGCCAGAACAAGCGAGCGGCACACACGGUGGCUCGGCAACUACUCGAUUCGAAGUCAGAGGCGUUGUUGCAAAGCAAGGGCAGCCGAGACGUCAUGAGCAUCAUUGUGAGAGCGAACACGUCCGAAAAUGAGAAGACGAAACUGGCCGACGAUGAGAUGAUAGCCCAGAUGAGGACGAUCAUGCUUGCUGGACAAGAGACAGGCUCAAACACGCUCAGCUUCGCGCUCUACGAGCUUGCCAGGAAUCCGCAUUACCAAGAACGCCUGAGAGUGGAGAUCCGUACUAUGGAACAAGCCAUUCGCGAGCGAAACGGUAUCACGUUCACGGCAUCUGACUUCGAUGGUAUGCCGUUCCUGCAAGCAUUUGUGCGCGAGGUUUUGCGCUAUCAUCCUGCGGUGCCGCACAACUAUAGGCAAGCCGCAAAAGACGAUGUCAUCCCUCUGUCGAAGCCCAUCAGGACCUUGUCUGGCAAGAUUGUCGAUGAAAUACCUAUUCCCAAGGGUACCCGAGUAACCCUGUCUUUGGCCGCAUAUAACAGGGAGAAAGACAUCUGGGGCGAAGACGCGCAUGUAUUCAACCCGGAACGCUUCCUGAACUUUUCUGGCAAGCGUGGCCCGACCGUAGGUGUAUUCGCUAAUAUCCUGACCUUCUCGGGUGGUAUUCAUGCCUGCAUUGGCUGGCGUCUUGCGAUACUCGAACUGCAGAGUUUCCUGGUUCAAUUGGUAUCGAACUUCGAGUUCGGUCUGACAGAAGAGCUGAAGCGCCUACGAAGAGAGAAUGCCCUCGUCAUGGUACCCACCCUAGAAGGAGAACCAGAGAAGGGUGUUCAGCUCCCGCUGAAGAUAUCUUUUGCUGCUCAAUGCUAGUGUAAUCCGGCGUCGCUGGUGAUCUGUCGUACAUUGUUUGAGCGACGAGCUACGAUUCUGGGGCUAGGCCUAAAGCACAGUACUAGUAGAAUAUCCGUCACAAUGAUGAUCUCUUGUUCGCGUUU